GUUACGAACCCGGAAAUUUGUCAACAGAAGAUGCACCUUUGUCUGUGGUUACCCAAGGAUCGCAUGUAGCUAUUUACUAACUAUAUGAACAUUCUGCCAGCUUCGUUGCAUAUACUUUCUUCACAGAAUGGACAACGGAACAGAUGGAUGCAGAUGUCAUCUACUGGACUUACCCUGGGAGGAUGUGCUGGUUACAAAUGUUUUCUGCUACUUGCCAUUAAGUCAUCUUGUCAGUCUACAGAGAGUUAGCAAGCAGUUUCAUGCUCUCAUCCAGGUUUACCUUGCCAACUGCCGGACCUUUGAUCUCACACAAGUAGGGGCUUCUAUUCCCAAGGAGGCCUUUUGCUCUAUGCUAAGGGACAACAAAGUUCUCCAGAACUUAGCAUUGCAGAACUGCUCAGAUUGGGUGACAGACAGUGAGCUGCUGCCUGUGAUUGGUCAGAACCAGCACCUGCUGAGAGUGGACAUGAAGGGAUGUGUUCAUCUGACCCGCCACUCCCUGGUGGCCUUGUCUUUGAGCUGCAUGCACCUUCAGCACCUGGGCCUGGCGCACUGCGAGUGGGUGGACAGCCUGUCCCUACGCAGCCUGGCUGACCACUGCAGGGGGCUGCAAUCCAUAGACCUCACCGCCUGUCGCCAGCUCAAGGACGAGGCCAUCUGUUAUCUCGCCAAAAACUGUCUGAAGUUGAGGUCUGUGUCUGUGGCAGUCAAUGCCAACAUCACGGACGAGUCUGUGGAAGAGGUGGCCAAGAACUGCAGGGAGCUAGAGCAGCUGGACCUGACAGGCUGUCUGCGGGUUAGGAACCAGUCCAUCAGGACUGUUGCGGAAUAUUGCCCCAAGCUUCAGUCCCUAAAGGUGAAUCACUGUCACAAUGUUACUGAGUCCAGCCUGGAUCCUUUACGCAAGCGGAAUGUUGAAAUUGAUGUUGAACAACCAUUACAGAGGGCACUAGUACUUCUACAGGAUGUGGUGGGAUUUGCACCCUUCAUCAAUCUUCAGAUUUAGGCAAAGGGCUAUUUAUCUCCAUCCAUCACAAGUACAGUAAAACAGGUCUUGAUCACAAGGUAAAUGAACAGGAACAUUAAUCAAGCAAUGGAAAUAUGAAGAAAUUGAUGUAUAUAGGAAAUAUGCGGGAAACAAGUUGUUGAACGGGACUGGUAUUUAUUUCAGUGGUAUACUUUGUCUUUUUUAAUUCACAGUGGAGAAAAUUAUCUACCUUGCACUUUAUAGUGCCACUGACAAAGUCAACAUGAUUACUGCACUACAGCUGCUUAUGACCCAUUGUAACCUGUACCUUUAAAAAAAGGGAAAGCCCAACCAAAGUACAAGAACAAAGAACAUGGUUAUCUGUGUGAGUACUGUAUUGAAGGUAACAUGUUUCAUUUAGAAACAUUAAACGGUAAAACGUUAUUUGGCAUGCACGAUAUGCUACUGACACUUUCUAUGUCCUUUUUUUGUUCAUUGUUGAGGACUAAGUGUCGUCUGAAAAUACUCCCCAUGUC